AUGUUCAUCUGGGCCUGCUUCUACCUGUCGCAGAACUCUGCCUUUAAGCAGCUACGGCACGGAGAGAACGUGGUUGAUCCGGAGCAGACCGUGGCCGACCAGCUUUGGCGGCAGUUCGCCGAGGCCAAAGUCCUCCUGACCCCGCGGUCUUAUUACCACCCCUGGGAGGGGCCGGACCCUUAA